CGCCAAGCACAUCCGAGCCGAGGCCGGAGGGAAAAGGAAGAAAAGUGCCCACCAGAAGCCUCUGCCUCAGCCUGUCUUCUGGCCCCUCCUGAAAGCUGUCACCCACAAGCGAGAUCGGCAGGGGAGGUUUCGCUAUGGGGAGGAGUUCAGAGUGGGGGACACCAGGAUCUACCACUCCAGCUGUACAGCAAAGGAGACGGGGGAGAUGGGGGUUAUUGUUAGACCAGCCUCAAGAGCCCCUCAGACCUCAGGCAAUGGCUGGUCGCCUUUAGCAGGAGCCACCUUUUACCACAUGGUGGCAAAGGGCAAUAGUUGGGACAGAGAAUGUGUGGCCUGCAAAGCCUAAAAUCUGUACUAAGUGGCCCUUUACAGAAGAGGUUUGCUGACCCUGCCUUAGAAUGUUUGAACAUCUCUAUGCUAAGUGUUAUACUCCUAACAGGCUAUGGCAUUUUUUAAAGAAGUGGAAUCCAGAUCAUCUGAAUACUCACCCUGGGACAUUUGUCUCUGCGGCCCUGCCCCUGCUCCCGGGCUUUGGACAAGCGGCUGCUGGCACCGCGCCUCUAAGGGCUAUUAAAUGCUACCCUCAGCCCGAAGGUGCCUUGUCAGCCUGUAUCUUCCUUUUCGUGCUGCCACUGCCCUGGCUCAGGUUCUUACCUCACUCCUGGGUGACAGUGGCCUUCUAAUUGUCCCCCUUAUCUCAUUCUGCCUUUCCUUAGGUCAGGCAGCCGCUCGACAUUUAUUGAGCUUACACGCACCUGAGCUCAUUCCCUGAGCCCUGUGGAGCCUGCCCUCGUGUGGGCAAGACGUGCUCGGGGCACUGUGAUAGUCAGAGGAAGGGCAUUUACAUCAGACAGACCCAGGGUCUGCAGAACCGCGGUCACGUCAGUCCCCUGUGCAAAAACUCGCAGGCUCUCCAGCGCUAGCCUGGAGUCCCGUUCACUUCGCUGGGGCCCCAGAAUCUGUAUCCUGACCAGGUUCCAGGUGAUUCUGACGCACAGCCAGGUGUGGGGACCCUUGCCCCUCUUUGCCUCACUAUUGGAUGAUACCAUGCGUUACCUGACUUUGCCGCCCAGUCAGCCGCCCCUCCUCCGAUGCUGUAAUGGGAGUGCUCAGCAACGGGAGUGCUCACUGCUCAGACACAUUGUCUCCGAGUUGGAGCACCUGAUCUUUGUCAGCACGGACGUGGGCCGCUGCCGGGCCUGGCUGAGGCUGGCCCUCAAUGAUGGCCUGAUGGAGUGCUACCUGAAGCUGCUCCUCCAGGAGCCCGCCCGCCUGUGCGAGUACUAUCAGCCUACGGCCCUGCUUCAAGAUGCCAAGGAGGGCGAGUUCCUCCUCAGCUUCCUGCAGGGACUGACGUCCCUGUCCUUCGAGCUCUCCUACAAGUCCGCCAUCUUGAACGAGUGGACACUUACCCCACUGGCUCUCUCUGGGCUCUGCCCACUCUCUGAGCUCGACCCCCUCACCUCACCUGGGGCAGAACUACAGCAGAAAGAGUCUCUGGACUCGAUUUCCCAUUCCUCAGGCUCCGAGGACAUCGAAGUCCAGCACUCAGGCCAUAAGAUCCGACGGAACCGGAAGCUCACAGCCUCCUCCCUCAGCCUGGACACGGCCAGUUCCUCCCAGGUGUCUUGCAGCCUAAACUCUGAUAGCUGCCUCCUCCAAGAGAAUGGCUCCAAGAGUCCAGACCGUUCCGAGGAGCCCAUGUCCUACAACUCCGACCUGGGGGCGGCCAAUGCCGAUGAUUCAGACCCAUCACUGCAAGAAAACUAAAUUGCAGUUUGCCUUGUGAAUAGAGGAUUGGCGCUCUGAAUAGCUUCUUUUGUGUUGGUUGAGUCUGAAUCACAGUGAUCACUGAGAAGCACCACUAGGGUCUGGUGGUCAGGAGUGUGGGCUCAGGAGCCAGACUGCUGGAGUCUUCCGUUAACCAGCUCCACGACCUCGGGCAAGUUACUCAACUUUUCUGACCUUGAUGUCCUCAUCUGCAAAAUGGGGAUAAGAAGGCUAGGGAGAUUAAAUGAGUUAAGGGAUGCAAAGCCCUUAGAGCAGUGCCAGUCACAGGAGGAGUGCUGGGAUAGCUGGGGUCCUCGUGACGUCAGUUCUCGUGCUACUGUCUCCGUGUACACAGCUGCAAAUCCAUGGUUAGUGACAUUGCUCAGAUGUUGUUGUCAUGAGGCCAUCUCUUGGGGGGAAUGGUUCCUCACAUACGCAGCCCCUUUCUGUACCCUCAUGAGCACCCCUGCCUGCCACGUGGUGCCAUGGACAACAACACGCUAGCCCAUGUGCUCAGGCAAAGCACAGGCUCAGUCGCUUGGCGGGGGGGGACUUUAU